AUGGCACCCGUUUCUCAUCCAGCCAAGCCGGACGCUGGCCAGUGGAAGAAGAACCUUUCGGCUCACGUAAUCUGUCCAGAGUGCAAGGAGGUUCCUCCUAAUCUGGAAUUCCCGGGGUCCCAUGAAACGGUGUGCGGCUCAUGCGGAUUAGUGCUUGCGGAUCGAGAAAUUGACAUGCAUUCCGAAUGGCGUACCUUCUCCAACGACGACCAGAGUAAUGACGAUCCGUCACGUGUUGGAGAUGCGUCGAACCCACUGCUGAAUGGAGAUCAGCUAGAAACCCAGAUCGCCAGUGGGGGUUCAGGCCGGGUGCGCGAUCUGUAUCGGGCUCAGAACAAGCAGUCGAGCGAGAAGAUGAAUAAGACUCUCCUUGCUGCUUACAAGGAGAUCGGCGCCCUGUGUGAUGGGUUUAACAUCCAGAAGAACGUGGCUGAUACAGCAAAGUACCUUUUCAAAGUCGUCGAUGAUGCCAAGGCGUUCAAAGGCAAGUCUCAGGAAGUGAUCAUUGCGGGCUGCAUCUUCAUCGCUUGCCGACAAUGUAAGGUCCCUCGGACCUUCACCGAAAUCUUUGCUGUCACCAAGGUGGCAAGGAAGGAAAUCGGUCGGAUCUACAAGGCAUUGGAGAAGUUCUUUACGGCCCAAAACCUCGAGCGGAUCAACGCUGUUGUGUCGAGUGGAGGCGUCCCCGAUCCCAACGCCACCUACACCGCGACCACAUCUACGAAACCCAGCGACCUCUGCAACCGUUUCUGUAACCUCCUCGACCUGCCGUUCCAGGUCACCAGCGUUUCGUCUUCCCUAUCGGAUCGAGUUACGACCAUGGGAGAUCUUGCAGGUCGCUCGCCUCUAUCGAUUGUCGCGGCUUGCAUCUACAUGGCGUCCUACCUGAUGGGCCACGGCAAAACCGCCAAGGAAAUCUCUCAAGUGGCUCAUGUCAGCGACGGAACCAUUCGAGGUGCCUAUAAGCAGCUCUACGCCGAAAAAGAGCGUUUGAUUGACCCAGAAUGGAUCAAGGAUGGAAAGGGCGACUUGAAGAAUCUGCCCGCUAGUUGA